GCACUCCCCAAUCCAACACAAGAGAAGUUCACAUCUUUCUCUUCUACUCUGCUCGUCUCCUCUCCUGUUCUGUGAAGUCUUCACCACCCUCUGAAGAAAUGCCAAAGAUGGAAGAGACCGGCGCUGCUAAGUACUAUCAACAAGCUCGGCUUGGUUCCAUGGAUGUCUCUAUAGAGCUCGGGCGUCAGCAUGCACUGGAAAGCUUAGAAAGCUUCGACGAUGAUGGGAGAAUGAAGAGAACUGGUAAUAUGUGGACGGCGAGUGCUCACAUAAUAACGGCUGUGAUAGGCUCCGGCGUGCUUUCGUUGGCCUGGGCUAUUGCCCAGCUCGGCUGGGUCGCUGGUCCAGUGGUCAUGAUCUUAUUUGCCUUCGUUAUAUACUACACAUCUUCUCUGCUCACCGACUGCUACCGAACCGGCGAUCCCAUCUCCGGCAAGCGUAACUACACUUAUACCGACGCGGUCACCUCUUACCUCGGUGGAGUGAAGGUUAAGCUCUGUGGCUUUAUUCAGUAUGCGAAUCUGUUUGGAGUUGCCAUUGGUUACACCAUUGCUUCCUCUAUUAGCAUGACAGCAAUCCGGAGAUCAAAUUGUUUCCAUGAGAAAGGCCACAAGAGCCCCUGCCACGUCUCAAGCACCCCUUACAUGAUCAUCUUCGGCGUUGUAGAGAUAAUCUUCUCGCAAAUCCCUGACUUCGACCAAAUUUGGUGGCUUUCCAUUGUCGCCGCUGUCAUGUCCUUCACCUACUCCUCCAUCGGCCUUGCCCUCGGAAUAGUUCAAGUUAUUGCGAACGGUGGCAUCAGUGGAAGUCUCACCGGAAUCAGCGUCGGCAGCGCAGUCACCGAAACCCAAAAGGUCUGGCGCAGUCUCCAGGCUUUUGGUGAUAUCGCUUUCGCUUACUCCUACUCUAUGAUCCUCAUCGAAAUACAGGAUACUAUCAAAUCCCCACCUCCAUCCGAAGCAAAGGUGAUGAAAAAGGCGACUCUUUUAAGCGUGGCUGUCACAACCUUCUUCUACAUCCUCUGCGGCUGCAUGGGCUAUGCCGCCUUCGGCGACGAAGCCCCGGGAAACCUCCUCACCGGGUUCGGCUUCUACAACCCCUUUUGGCUUCUCGACAUCGCCAAUGCCGCCAUCGUCAUUCACCUUGUCGGCGCAUACCAAGUCUAUUGCCAGCCUCUCUUCGCCUUCAUUGAGAAAUGGGCGAGCCAGGCAUGGCCAGGCAACGAGUUCAUCUCCAAAGAAAUCAGAAUCAAACUCCCUGUUUCUUCCAAGUCAUAUAACCUCAGUCUCUUCCGGUUGUUGUGGCGCACGGCCUUUGUGAUCAUCACCACCAUCAUCUCCAUGCUUCUUCCUUUCUUCAACGACAUUGUUGGUCUCCUUGGUGCUCUCGGCUUCUGGCCUCUAACGGUCUACUUUCCAAUAGAGAUGUAUAUAGUUCAGAAGAAAGUGCCUAAAUGGAGCAUGAAGUGGUUUUGCCUUCAGAUUCUGAGCAUGGCUUGCCUUGUGGUUUCUAUCGCUGCUGCGGUUGGCUCUAUCGCCGGCGUUGUGUCUGACCUCAAGGUUUUCCGGCCGUUCAAGUCCAGCUAUUGAUAAUCUGAAACAUGGAAGUGUGCUCUGCUAAUUUUGCUAUGUAAUUGAUACUGUACGUUAGAUCUGGUUCUAUUUCUGUUGCUGCUUUGUAAUAUUUGGCUUAAAGGAAAAUAGAAAGCGUUUGAAGAUUUCGUUGAGAUGUA